AUUAAUAGAUUAGAACUAUCUUUUUGUAACAAUUUAAAACCUAAAUUACAUUGAUCAGUAUUUUAAUUGUGUUCGUGGCCAUUUUUUUAAUAUACACUAUCAAGUUACAAUUAAAUCUGAUUGAAAUAGUUGCCAGAACCUUAAUUUUACCAUAUGAAGUUAAUCAACAGAAUUGAAUGUUCGUAAUUACAAUUAACUCAACAAUUUAUUCAGUGAAUCUGAAAUAACUAAAAUGUUUUAUCAACUAAUUGUAAUCACCAUUAGUUUCAUCUUGAUCUGUGAAUCAAUAAACUUAACCGAUUACGAUGAUGACGAAACUGAACUCGAACCAUCGGUCGACGGACCGAUGAGUCCUAGAAUAAUUUUCGGCCAAAAAGUGCUCUCACAUAAACAAGAUUAUCCUUAUGUCGUUUCAAUCAAUAUCCUUUUUGAAGGUGAAUUAAGAGUAACUUGUGGCGGAUCGAUAAUUAAUCCCGAGAUAAUUAUCACGGCAGCUCAUUGUUUCACGAAAUCCAUGAUGAAAGAAAUCUCAUUAAUCCGACCAAAUUAUGACAAUUCAUUGACUCGUUUUGACGAUGAAAAAUAUUUCAAAAUUAAAUCAGUUGAAUGUUACGAUGCCAAUGUUAUUCAUGACAUUUGUUUACUACAAUUAACUAAUCCGAUUCCCUUUGGUCACGGAAUAGGUCCAAUUGAAUUGGCCAAUAAACAAUAUGAACCCGGAAGUGAUUUGACUAUCAUCGGUUUUGGUGGAACUGAAUAUGACUCUUUUUCAUUUGAACUACGGACAGCGGAGGUCAAGCGACUAUCGGAUGAAACUUGUCACGAGAAAUACCUCGAUAGCUUCGUUCACGAGCUAAUGAUCUGUGCGGUAGGUAGUAACCUGGAAGACUCUUGCAGGGGAGACUCAGGUGGACCCAUGGUGGACGCAACUGACCAACAUCAUGUUUUGGUGGGAAUCGUCGCCUGGGGCGCAAUUUGUGGCCAGGGAUGGCCUGGGGUCUACACUAAUGUCUAUCAUUAUUUAGAUUGGAUAAAUAAAACCAUGGACUCUUUAUUAACUCGUUAGACUA